AUUACAAUUUAAGAUAUUUUCAACAGCAAAAUAUACUUAUAAAUGUAUAUUUUAUACCUACUUACACUUUUAUACUCUUUCUUUGCAUUGAACAUUUAAUACUGAUUUGUAUUUAGAAUAGAUAUAGGCCAGAAAUUUUACAUUGAAUGGUAAGUUGCUUUGGAUAAACGAAUCUGUCAAAUGCAUAAAUGUAGAUAAAAUACUGUUACUUAUCACUUAACAUCUUGGAGCUUAAUGUGGCUUUGCUGUAUAUAGAGUAAAACAUAGACUAAAACUGUUUUUCAAGGUAAUGCACCAAGCAGUUAAGAGAUGAAUGUGAUCAAACCAUAGCCCAUUAUCCUGAAUCACUUAAUUAAAUGCAAGCUACAUACUAUAGUAUAAAGGCACUCACAACAUGUUUCCCAAAAAGUAUCAUGAUCAACAUAGCAAGCCAGUACCUUCAUACAAAGCUGUAAUGUGCCACUUGCUUUUGUGGUUUUGUCAAAAUGAAUGCUGGGUCCACCCACUGGAGAGUUGUGUAAGGAUUUUUUUCUCUUUGCAGCCCAUUUGCGUUCUCUCACUGUGUUUAACAUCAAGAUUGCAUUCCUUUAAAAGGAAAUUGACUCUGUAAAACAGUAAACAUGUGUAUCUGGAUGUGCUCUUGGCUACUGUUAUGUUUUUGCAUUUCUGCUACACAUGCGAACAUCUUGACUCAAUCUCCAGGACUCAUACACGUGUCAAUGGGUAACACAGUUAAAUUAAAGUGUACAUUUGAAAACAAAGUUAACUUCUGUUAUACCACCUCUUGGUAUAAAAUAAAUCCAAGAACGAAUAAACUUGUGCCGAUAACGUAUAUCAGGUCUGAAAGCGAUGAGGAAGAUGAUAAAACUUGCAUUUUAAGAAUCAAAAACUUGACCCUAAAGGAUUCAGGCAUGUAUUAUUGCAAUGGCCAGCAUAAUUCAAUAACUUUUAUCGGAAGUGGAAGCAAGGUGAUCAUUACAGAUCACUCUGAACCAAAACUAUCCAUCCUCUACUCACCCAAUGAGAUGGAUACAUCAGUGGUCCCACUGCAGUGCCUUGUGAGUGGAGUUGUCCCGUCUAAGGUCCGUGUGGUCUGGAUGAUCGGUGAAAAAGAGCGCGCUGGAUGGACCGAGUCAGCCUGGACAGACGACACAGAUUCAGCCACAGAGUUCACUCGUGCUCAUCUUUCUCUACCUGUAGAGGAGUGGAACAGCGGUGAUGAAAUUAACUGCACUGCUGUUUAUGAUGGCAAAAACAUCUCCAAAACUCUGAUAAAAUGGGAACAUCCAGGAUCCAAACAAAUGUGCUCGUUGCUUCUGUUCGGCGGCUGCGGAGCUGCAGCCCUUAGCUUGGUUGUAACCAUUUUGAUCUCUGUGUCUUUAUACCGAGAAAUGCAUGUGUCAAAAACAUCCAGAGGGUUAAAACGAAAAGAUGCGCAUUACAAAAUUUCUAGCUUUGAUAAAAAGAGUACACUGAGAGAAGAGAGUUCAUCUGUAGUGGGUGUCAGCGUAGACCAUCAGCUGAUGGAAAAGUGUUGAAAUAAAAUGUAAGAAAGAAAACGUGUAUCCCAAUAAAUUUUAGAUACAUUUGUAAUAUUAAGUCGAGCUUGAUAUUGCCAUUUGGUUGGCCAUCAAACACUUUUCAGUUCUUUCACAAUCCUUUUGCCAGAUUUUUUCAUAUGUCUGCAUUAAAAUAUUUGAAAUUAUUGUGGCAAGCAAGAGAUAUAGCUUAUCAGUAGCUUACUGUCAGUUGAAAGAGACAUAAAAUAAAAUAACUGUUUUACAUGAGUCCUAUACAGAUAAAAUAUUAAACUGUUAUGGUGAAUACCCCUUUAUCUGAUCAGCAGUUUCAAUAGGUUGCAAACAUGUUAAGAAGAAACUGCUAUAUCAUCUGUUUUGGGGUAUAAUAUAUGACAGUGAAACAAGAUUACUUGUUUUGUUUUGACAGGACACACGAUGUUAAUCAGAAGCUUAAGUCUUUAUGUACAAUACUACACUAUAAACAAUCUUGAUCUAGUGUUCAUAUGCAUGUACUAUAGGUUUUUCUGUCAAGGGGUGGAAAACCACAGUGCAUGGCAAAAAAAUGUAUGGCCGUCUCACUGUAGCCUUAUACUCUCUGUGUUUUGUGGUUAAACCUAAGAUCCUGCAUAAACAGGAUGUUAGAGACGAGGGCCUCAUGACACGGAUCUUAACACCUGCUUGCAAUGUCCAUUUGCAACAACUUUCCUGUAAUUACUCAAUCACUUACAUAAAACGUUUUACAUGGUUCAUUAUGUUUUACUGUUGGUAACAGGAGAGUGCGUUGACUACAAUUCUGAUUUAUUUUUCUCUUUUCUGUUAGGCAGUAUUCAUAGUAUUUAUUAUGCACAUCUUAAAGUACUUUGUGUUAAUGUAAUUAAAUAUACAUAAACAUAUAUUUUGUGUAUGUACUGUAUUGCAAAUAAAAUUUAUUAUUAUUUACUUUUGGUGAUU